AUCUUCUUCAAUUUUUCUUUUCCACACAUUUAUCCUCUUCCUUAUCUGACACGGUGAUUCGCACGAGUUGCAGAGAGAGAGAGAGAGAGAGAGGCCAUGACUGGAUGCAGCAUUAGAGCUCUCUGGAUCCUCAACAAUCUCGACUCCGUCGUCUUCUCCAGGAGAUUCUCGGUUGUUGAGAAGCGGUGGCGCGCAGCUUGCAAGAAUGAGAACGACGGCUUUAGCGAGGACGAUUUAAGCUGCACUCUUUUGCCUUAUCUUCCUACCGACUCUGAAAUAGCCGCUGCUUUUGCGGAGAGAAAGAAGAGGGAGGGGUCUGUGCGUGGAUUUGGCAUACGUGUCCGCCAAUCAAUAGAAGGAUCGGAUUCCUGGGUUGAUGACCCAAUUACACGUCAUAUUGUAAGUGUUUAUGUUAAAGAAGAAGAAGAAGAAGAAGAAGAAGUAGAAAGAGAAGAAAAAAGAGAUAAACACCUGUUAUGGCCGCUAAUUCUGCAUAUAAAAGGUCAUUUUUGCAUUCUUGUGUUGCCUUUAGUAGAACCACAACAUCUAAAAGCAUAUACAAGACUAUGUAGAAGAUCUGAUUGUGGAAAUUCUGUUGGAGGGGAUGGAAGCUUAUCUUCCCUCUUGCUUGAUCUUCCGUCCAUCACAGGGGCAUUUAUGGUGGCUCAUGCUAUUGGUGAUGUCAUUAUGGGCAAUGUGGCAGAACCUGAGGUUAUUGUGAGUGCUUCUCCAUCUGUUGGUGGGUUGUUUGAUUCACUUACUGGUAGCAUGGGCAUCUCUGCUAGGGCAAAGCCUGUUGCUGCACCUGUUGCAGCCUCUGCUGCUUCGAGCACAGCUGGGAUUGGAACCGGUGUAUCAGAUGCCCCAAAGAUUGGAUUGAGACCCCUGGAUAGGGAUGUGCUUCGAUCUUUUAUCAGUAGCUCAAUGCCCUUUGGUACACCUUUGGACCUCAGCUACUCCAAUAUUUCUGCUAUUAAGGCUAAUGGCUUUUCUUCAUUAGAUUUGCCUCCUCCUGACCUCAAGCAACCAGCAUGGAAGCCAUAUCUCUACAAAGGAAAGCAGAAAAUGCUGUUUACAAUCCAAGAGACAGUUCAUGCUGCAAUGUAUGACCGGGAUGAGAUUCCAGAUACUAUUUCAAUAUCGGGUCAAAUAAACUGUCGAGCAGAACUGGAAGGAUUGCCAGAUGUGUCAUUCCCCUUGGCAGGGUUGAAUUCUGCUCGAAUUGAGGUUUUAUCUUUCCAUCCUUGUGCUCAAGUUCCUGAACAAGGUGUGGAUAGGCAGGCUGUGAUGUUUUCACCUCCACUAGGUAAUUUUGUUUUAAUGCAUUAUCAAGCAUUCUGCAGUGUUGGACCUCCAAUAAAGGGCUUUUACCAGCUGUCAAUGGUAUCAGAAGAUGAAGGUGCUUUUUUAUUCAAGUUGUGCCUAAUGGAAGGUUAUAAGGCUCCUCUAGCGAUGGAAUUCUGUACUGUGGUCAUGCCUUUUCCUAGGAGAAGGGUGGUGUCUUUUGAUGGGACUCCAUCUAUUGGAACAGUUUCAACGACAGAGCGCUCUGUAGAAUGGAAAAUUAUAACUAGUGGACGAGUAGUGGGGAAAAGUAUUGAAGCAACUUUCCCUGGAACAGUUAGGUUUGCACCAUGGCAAAACCAAAGGUUACAAUCCUCUAGAUCAGUAUUUGGAGGUAUAGCUGACGAAGAUAGUGAUAUUGAAUCAGCGAGUGCAAAUAGCGUGGUAAAUGUGGAGGAGUUCUUAAUGGAGAAAAUGAGCAAGGACCUUCCAUCAGUGGAUUUGGAGGAGCCAUUUAAUUGGCAAGCAUAUAAUUAUGCAAAAGUGUCUUUCAAGAUUGUCGGGGCAUCAUUAUCUGGAGCUUCAAUUGAUUCUAAAUUUGUUAGCAUUUAUCCAACUGUUAAAGCACCUGUGGAGUUUUCAACUCAGGUAUGUAUGCCCUUUGAUAAGAAGAAAAAAUCAAGAAAGAAGCCAAAGAAAGUCCAUCCGUCAGCAAUGUUUCCAACUUUAGAGAGGGAGAGAGGGAAAGAGAGAUCUCUUUUACAAUCUACUCUGCUCCAUCCAUCCCCUUAAUCGUACAAGUUUUAUUGAUAUUUGCCAUGAUUAUCGGCCUGUCAACAAUUUGCUGUAUGCUAAUAGCUUUUGACUCUUUUUCUUUUGUUUAUUUUUAUUUUUCAAAUUAUAGCUUUCAACAAAAAUUUUUCCGGUUUCCAAUUUUAAUAGAUUUACUACAUGUUUGGUAUAUGGGAAUGGGAUGGAAUUGAAUUUAUCACUUGAUUUAUUCAUAAACUCCAUUCAAAUUUUUAUCCCGUUCCAUUCCUACCCCAUUCCAUCUGCAUACUAAACAUGUAGUUUAUUUUAUUAUUUUUUGAAUUAAUCUGUCACAUGCUUUCAUUGUGCAAUUUGAUUUGCAUAUUGCUAGGGUAUCAACAGUUUGGUGUCCCUGAACCUAUGUUUGAAAUGGGAGAAAGUUUCCUUUGUUUCCAUGCAAAUCCUUUUAACAAGACAUGCCCAUAUAACAAUUACCACCCCAGGCAGUUGCCUGAUCUCCUAAUGCUUGUUUAGGAACCUGGAUGGUUGCCUGCAUGAGGCCCCUUAGUACACCAAUUGAGUAGUCAGGGAACUGCUCAGCUGCCAGAAGAACAUGUGAUUGCCUCAGAUCUGCAGCAAGUGUUAAGAGUGCAUGGGGUAAUUGACAUAAAUGUUAUAUGGACUCAUUUGUAUAAUUGCCAUCAAUUUGACUUGAUUGCAACCACAGACAACAUCACUGACAAGGACAAUUUGAGCUGAAUUAACAUGAAAAUUAAAACACAGUAUGUUGUUGGGAGUUUAGUGUCCACCUUCCUCCUGAGUAUGGUUGUCUCCCUUAUUUUUUCCACCUCCUUGUUUGUAUGAUAACUGCUGUUACCAUGCUUUACAUUGUAUUGAUUGAGUGGAGGAUCCUCAUAUAGUGCUAUUUGUCAUUUGUUUUGAGCAGGUAUCUUCUGGGGAUUAUAUCUUGUGGAAUACACUGGGGAAAUGCCCCUUCGCUGCCACCACAAAAGUUCGGGGGUGAAUGGCUAGUCAAGAAUAUAGAAGGGAUGUUCUUAUUUGAUGGGGCGAGGACACUUUCUGUUGUCUGAUUGACACGAUCCCUUGCCGUGUGUCCUGAAAUAUGUUCACUGCCAGGUGACGACGUUGCGAUGGUUAAGACUGAAUUCAAUUUUUUUUAACUGGUGAUGAAGGUUGAAAUAGAAGAAGAGAUGGGUGUUUAUUUUCAGGUGUAGUUGUUAUAAACCAGAUUAGUUCUGGACAUUUUGAGGAUUCCCUGGUGUUCCAUAUAUGUCCCCUUUGUUCUUUAUUUGAUUUUAAGAUGAAAUGGCUAGGACUUUCAGGUAUGAACUACGGCACUGGAUUCAUCCCCGACAAGCUGGUGGGAUGCUCCCAUUAUUUGCUAACCUUACAUGCUGCCUGUAUUUCUCAGAUGGUGCUUGGUAUGAAGAAAAAUAAAAAAAGAGAAUGGAAAAAAUUCAUUGGUGGGUACAAUAGUAAUUGCAUUUUAAACUUCUAUUCUGACAUAAUAGGAAUACUGCCCCCACACUUCCCCCAUUUUCCAUAUUUAGAUUUGAUGAUGCUGCUGAAAGCUUGGGGUGUUCAAAGCUCCCGUGUAGGGCAGAUGACAUGGGUCUAUAGUAUGCAGCCUUAUUUUGUAACCUUGCAGGAGGUUGUUUUCACACUUUGAACCCGUGAAAUGCUCAUGCUGUUAAAAUUUAUAUUAUACUAUUGCAUUAGCUGAAUUGAAGGGUAUGUGUAUAUUCUGUUGGAUGCCUAGCCCGAAAUAAAUUCCUCUGUAUGCCUGUUAGGGUUCA